AUGCACUUCGUUAAGCAGAUCAGUGUUAUGAGUCUUGCUAUUGCAUUCGCUGCAGCAUCUCCCACGGCCCAGACCAACCCUAAAGUGUUGGAAGCUCGCGCUCAAAACAAAGACAGAUUUAUCAACCCCUCCGAACCGAAGAUGAGCCUUGACGAGCAGUGUAUGAGAAAGACAGCAGAAGUUCCUCUGCUACAGUAUUGGAACGUUGUAAUCAACGAUGCCACAGAUUACACCGAUGACGAAUGCGGUUCUGGAUUCCUCGACAAUGUCAACGGUCGCGGCUGCGCGGUGACAGGCUGGGGUUGCAACAUUGCCAGUGAUGGCAAGACGAUGAACGCCAACUUCAACACAGGAGAGAGUUGUACCAAUGAAGAUGUUAGCAGUGCCAUCAACGCGGCCUUUGGCGGGAAGAACGUGGAGUGUGCGGACUACGAUAAUGAAGUUCGAUGUGGUGAUGACAACAAGUGCUCCGUUGACAAACCGAGAGAGGGAAUUUGGGGCUGA